AUGCUCCCGCUUCGGCGCCUGCCGUCGCUGCCGCUGCCGCUGCCGCAUGGCUCCACGCGCCGCCGCCUCCUCGCCACCGGGGCCUCCGCCGCCUCGCCGCUCCCAUGGCCAGGCCUGCACGCCUGGCGCCGGGCUCCCCCCAGCGAGCUCCGCACGUGGGGCCCGAACGGCCCCUGCGUUCCGGACGCGGUCACGGCGAACCCACCAGAAGCCGGCCCCGCCGCCGGUUCGUCCUUGGCCGAGAUGGGCGCCCUCGUCCUGUCCACCGCCGACCCCCUCGCCAAGACGCAGCUCACCCACGCCGCCUUCUCCCAGUGGGCGUCCGGCGGGCUCCCCGUGGGCCUGGCCCGGGCCCCCGACCACCCCGCCAGGCCGGACAAGCCCCUCGUGGUGACGCGGAAGGAGAUCCCCACGCACAAGGCGAUGGGCGUGCCGCUGAACGCGUACAUGCUGCACAACCUGGCGCACGUGGAGCUCAACGCGAUCGAUCUUGCUUGGGACACCGUGGUGCGUUUCUCGCCGCUACGGGACACCCUGGGAGAUGGCUUCUUCACGGAUUUUGCACGCGUUGCUGAUGACGAGAGCCGGCAUUUCCGGUGGUAUUCGCAACGGCUGGCAGAGCUUGGGUUCAGAUAUGGCGAUAUGCCCGUUCACAAUCUUCUGUGGAACGAGUGCGCGAAAUCCUCAAGUGAUGUUUCUGCGCGGAUGGCAGUGAUACCUCUAGUACAGGAAGCUAGAGGCCUUGAUGCUGGACCAAGACUAGUCCAAAAGUUGCUGGGUUUUGCGGACCAUAGGUCUGCAGAAAUUGUGUCAAAAGUAGCAGAAGAAGAGCUUGCACAUGUUUCUGUUGGUUUAUAUUGGUUCCUGGAAGUAUGCCAAAUGAUGGGCCGUGUCCCCGGUGCUACUUUUAGAGAUUUAAUAGAGGAGUAUGGUAUUGUGGUGAAGGGUCCAUUUAACUAUCUGUCUCGAGAUGAAGCUGGUAUACCUCGAGAAUGGUAUGAUGAGAAGGUUAAACAUGAAGUUUCAAGUGAACUUUCAGAGGUGCACGAUAGGCUAGCUCUUGUUGUAGAGAUGGAGAAAGAGAAUGCAGGUUGAAUGCCUGAGUAGCUUGGCUAGCUGGAAUGGUGUUUGCCAGUUUGGAUGCAGAGGCGCCUGAAGCUUUGUACAUCCUGUGCUCUGUACAGUAGCCAUCAGUACUAGUACCAGCUGGACGCGAACUUUGCUGCUGAGAGCUGAAGAAUACCGCACAACCGUCAUUCAUGGUGAGAAGAAUAGAACAUCUUCGAGUACUCAACUUCUUCAGUCUAGUCGCGGCUGACAAGUGCCAAACAUUUCGCGUCCGUGGAUGUGCAUCGCUGCUACUCGCCGUGGUGCUGAUUAACACAGAUAUUCCUCCUCUGUUAGAGAAGAAUCAAUGUAGAUAAUGGUUGAUCCGAUACCGUGUCAAGCUUCACAAUCUCAAUCCUGAAAAUUUGUCUCACUGAGCUUUCCGCUGCUAUUUGUAUAGUUACCGAUUUUGUCGGGAGGAGCAUUUGAAAUUGCUGGGUUUCUGUCUGGAAA